AUGCCAUUAUCUUCAGAAUUAAAAUAUUUUCUACAUUUAAUAGCCUUUAUUUGUUGGAUAAGUCUUGUGGAAAUAUUUUAUGGUGUGUUGUCUUUUGAUUUUUUUAGAAAAUCAGACAACAAUUUUGAAGAUUUUGGAGAAGAAUUUAAUCCUAUUGAAAGAUAUGGCACUAUUGUGACUAUUUUGCUUUAUUUAAUUCGAUUAGUGUCUUUACUGGUUCUUCCUCAAUGUAUUUGCAAUUCACUUGGACUUGUUCUCUUCAAUGGUUUUAAAGACAAAAUAAAGCUCAAAUCAACGCCUUUAUUUGCUCCAUUUAUUUGUUUUAGAGUUGUUACUAAAGGAAAUUUUCCUGAAUUAGUUAAGAUGAAUCUCGAAAAAAAUCUUUUAACGUGUCAUGAAGCUGGACUUGAAAGUUUUAUUUUUGAAGUAGUAACAGACAAAUCAGUCAAUUUGCCCCAUUGUAAUCGAGUCCGCGAAGUUGUUGUUCCUUUGGAUUAUAGGACAAAAACUGGAGCAAAAUUCAAAUCUCGAGCAUUACAAUAUUGCUUGGAAGACAAAGUUAAUAUUUUUGGAGAUGAUGAUUGGAUUGUUCAUUUGGAUGAAGAAACACUCCUUUCUGUUAAUUCGGUGAACGGAAUUUUAAAUUUUUGUGAAGAUGGAAAACACCACUUUGGCCAAGGUGUAAUAACUUAUGCUCAAGGCGAAAUUGUAAAUUGGCUGACUACUUUAUCUGACUCUUUCAGGGUAGCUGACGAUAUGGGUAAAUUACGUUUUCAAUUUAAAGUGUUUCACAAACCCUUAUUUGGCUGGAAGGGAUCUUUUGUUGUUACAAAUGCUGGUGCCGAAAAGAAAGUUUCUUUUGAUCAUGGUCCUGAAGGUUCUAUAGCGGAAGAUUGUUUUUUCUCUAUGGUUGCAUUUCGUGAUGGUUAUUCUUUUGACUUUAUUGAAGGGGAAAUGCAUGAAAAGAGUCCAUUCACUUUUUGGGAUUUUCUUCAACAAAGACGACGAUGGUUGCAAGGAAUAUUUUUAACUGUUCAUUCAAAAUAUAUUCCUUUUCGAUGUAAAUUUUUGUUGGCAAGUUCACUUUAUGCUUGGGUUACUUUACCUUUAACAACUUUACAGAUUUUUUUAAAUCCACUUUUGCCUCUUCCAAAGGCUUUUGUACUUGAUUUUCUUGUUGCUUUUGUUGGCGCUGUAAAUCUUUACAUGUACAUUUUUGGUGUUAUCAAAUCAUUUUCACAUAAAUAUAGGUUCCUUUAAAAGAAUUUUUCGGGGUUUUUUUUGGCUAUUUCUGGACCACCACAUCCCUUUGGGCCACUAACCUCUUCCUCUUUUCAUUCCUCUGGAUUUUUGUUGGUGCCGUAAGUAAUCCCCUAGGGUAUCAACACCCCGCCUACCUCUCUGUGCCACUAGCCACCCUCUCUGAAUUUUUGCUGGACCACUAAACACCUCCUCCUGGCUUCUAAUCAUUUUUUGGAUCCCUAGCCACACUCUAUAUUUUAUUUUUAAAUUCAGAAACAAUUUUUGGAGAUUGCUCAUUUAUACAUUAGCUGCACUUGUAGCUAUUCCAUUUAAUAUUUGGAUAGAAAAUAUGGCUGUUUUAAUGGGUAUAUGUUCAAAUAAAUUUGAAUUUUACGUUGUAAACAAGGACACAAGAUUAAUUAAUAGC